UAAGUUUUGUUCAAAAUUAUACUAUAAUUUAUUAGUUUUCAAACUAAACACUUAUCACAAAAAAAAUAAUUUUUCAUAAGAUACUUAAGUUCAGCUAUUAAGAUUUUCGUCAAUUUAAUAACGUGACAAAGAAAAAAAAUAAUUUUAUUCUUGAUUAAUUUUUUAAAUUAUUAUUAUAUAAUUUUAUUAAUUUUUUAUUAAUUAAAAAAAUGAGCUCCUUAGAUGGGAAGCAUCGGUGCUUUAAAUUGGGUUCUCUUUUCUUGGAGAGGCACCCUUAUUUUUUUAAUUUUUUAAAAUAAUAUGAUAAUAUUUUUAAAAUCAAUAAAGAAAAAAUAUUUUAAUUUUUUUAUAAUCUUUGUUGAUUGUGUUUAUAUUUUAGAAUAAAGUAUUCAUUUUGAAAAUUAAUAUACUUAUUUAAAAUUUCAGCUAAACUUUAAGAGAUACUAUAUUUUAUUUUAUUUUUUAAUUAAAAGAAGGAAAAUUUUAUUUUUACUUUUUGUGCAAUAUAAUACUCAAACAAAUGUUUAAAUAUGAAUAAAUAAGAUGUUGAAGGUGAACAUGAUUUGUAACCUUAAUUCAAACGGUAGAAGUUUUAGAGCUCAGUGCUCACCGUGUCCUAGAAACAAAUCCAAGGCAACUAGAAUAGAAUGGUAUAGAAGAAGGCCAAAUCUAACCCUUGGGCCUGGGCGCUGUGAACUGUGAAGAAAACCCAAGGGACGAACUAUGGAAGGUACGAAAGCAAAUAAGCCAGUAGAAGAAGUGCAGAUGGAAGAAGACACCAUAACAGAAAAAAUGGAUUCCCCGACCAAUUCCCAGCAAACCAUUUCUGACGAUGAUGAAAUAGACUAUUCCAUCAAACCAGAAUUCUAUGACCCAGACCUUGAUGAUAAAGAUGAAUUAUGGGUUCAGAAUAAAAGGAAAGGCCGUAUUUCUGAUGCUGUGCUUAGCUGUCCCGCUUGUUUUACCACCCUCUGCCUUGAGUGUCAAAGGCAUGAAAAAAAUGUGACUCAAUACAGGGCAGUUUUUGUUGUUAACUGCAAGAUUGAAAAUGACCAAGUCAGACAAGAAAAGGUAAAACCAAAAAAAGGCAAGAGAAGAAGAGAAUGUAGUGAGAAUGAAGCAGUUGAUGCUGGUGGAGAAACAUUAAAGCCAGUCUGCUGUUCUGUCUGCUCAACAGAUGUUGGUGUCAUUGAUGAAGAUGAGGUUUAUCACUUUUUCAAUGUUCUUCCAAGCGAGUGUUGACCUGCCCAUUCUUUGUUGUUGAGACUGCCGAAUAGUUCACAGAUAGUUCAAUUUUAGUGCUAGAGUAGGAGAUAUGACCUGAAACUCACUGUACUAACAUUAUCUUGCCUGCUUUAUUUCUCUCUCCCUCCAUGCAAGGGAGAUGAAGAUAAUUUUUUUGGGCCAUGAACGGUGAAAUGUAAUGUUGUUUCAAUUGGACAUGGGAAGGUCUCUCUCUCUCUCUCUAUCCAAAACAUUUACGAGUAUGCUAUUUGAAUGCCAAGUUAUUUGUAUGUGAAACUUAAAUCACUUGGUCCCUGGCCAAAUAUUAGCA